AUGAUAACUACGGAGAGUAGUUAUUGGUCAAGUGUUAUUAAUUUCAUUUAUGCCGUCAACAUUUUAGUCAUUGAAUCGGAUUAUAAAAAUUCCUCACAGUUCAACAUAAAAACAAAUAAAUUUGUUGGUUCGUUUUUCGAAAAACCCCACGAAUUACUGCAGAUGACCCAAUUCGAUGCUUUGACCGGAAGAUUUGAACCGAAUGUGGAUUUAUCUUUGAAAAAUAAAUUACAAAAUUUACAAGGACGUGAAAUUAUUGUAGGGGCCUUCGAUUAUCGCCCCUUUAUGGUUGUAGAUUUUCAUAGCGUACCCGAAAACUAUGAUCAUGCCGAGGAUAAUCUACGACAUUUGGUCCAUAUUGAUGGUACAGAAAUGCGUAUUGUUCAUACAUUUUGUGAACUAUACAAUUGUAGUGUUCAGGUGGAUACAUCUGAAAAAUCGGAAUGGGGUAUGGUAUACCCAAACUAUACAGCCGAUGGUCUACUUGGUCUGAUUGUUGAGGGAAAAACCCAUAUGGGCAUGGGGGCAUUUUUUCAAUGGUACAUAGCCUACAGAAGCAUCGAACAGACAACAUUUCUGGGUAGAUCUGGUGUAACAUGUUUGGUGCCUGUACCGACUCGUGUCACAACAUGGGCUUUGCCUAUUAGCCCCUUUACCUAUACCCUGUGGUUGGCGGUAGCAUUUUGUUUAUUUUUGGAAGCAUUUGCAUUAUUUUUGGCUAGACUUUUCGAGGAGAGGCAAAUUAUGCAACUGGAAGACGGGACUAUAUGGUCGAGCAUUGAAUUUGGCUAUACAACAACACUAAAGCUAUUUAUAUCACAAGGUUCUGAUUAUGUGGUUAAUUCACAUACGGUCAGGAUGGUACUCUUCGCCUGCUAUAUGAUUGAUAUUAUUGUGACGAGUAUUUAUGCCGGGGGUCUAUCGGCCAUAUUGACAUUGCCGGACCUUGAAGAGGCUGCCGAUUCUGUGGAACGUAUGUAUAGCCACAACCUGACAUGGACGGCAACAUCCUAUGAUUGGGUGGCCUCAAUUGCCGAUGAAGAAACUGGUGUCGUUGAUCCCCUGAUGCAACGCCUUGUAAACAAUUAUAUCAUCAGCAGCCGUGAAGAAAUGCGCCGCAAAGCUCAAACCGAUAAUAUAGGUUUUGCUUUGGAACGUAUGGCAUUUGGACAUUUUGGCAACGGUCACUUUAUUACCCCCGAAUCUUUAGAUCGUCUGAAGCUCAUGGUUGAUGAUAUCUAUUAUGUAUUUACCGUGGCCAUGGUGCCACGUAUGUGGGCCCAUCUACCCAAAUAUAAUGAUUUAAUAUUGGCUCGGCAUUCAUCGGGUUUUUCGAAAUAUUGGGAAUGGAAAAUCGUCGCCGACUAUAUGAAUGCCAAUGAACAGAAUCAAGUGCAGGCAUCUAUGUUUACACAAUUGGAUGUGGGACCCGUCAAAUUGGAUAUGAAAAAUUUUGCGGGGCUUAUUGUACCAUGGAUUAUAGGGAUAAUUAUAAGUAUAAUGGCUUUUAUUGGGGAAUGGAUUCAUUAUUGGUGGUGUAAGAGAAGACUAGGUGGUGGUGUAAUUCACGCCGAUGAAUUGAUAUAA